UAUAUAGAUCGAGAGAAUUGACAUGCAUUCGACACAUAUUCCCCAUUUUCAUCACCAGGUUUUUCUGUCACCAAACACAAACAGCCAAACAAUGAAGGUUCUUCUUCUUAUUCUUGCUGCUGCCCUUCUAGCUCUGUGCUUGAAUGCUCUUUCUAGCCACCACCAUCAACCUGUGAAGGUGCUGGCGCCACCACCUCCUCCUCCAGAAGCUCCUCAGCAAACCGGAUGCUGCUGCGAGUGCGAGACGCCGGGCAAGACGCCCUAUGACUGGUUCAUGGAUGUUUUGCCGUUUAACCUCGGCGUUCUUGUCGCUCAGUGAAAUCAAGAAUACCGGUGAAUUUUCAAGAAGUUGCUCGAUCAGUUGGGAAUCAUGUUCAUGAAGUGAAAGUCUCUAAUUUGAAUCUGAUAAAUGCUGAUUUAAUUUUCUCUUCUCUCUCAUUGAGUUUAUGCUUAUUGCAUUCGACUACUUCCAUCUGCCAUGUUGUCAAGCCAUUUGACUUAAUUGCGGUGAUGAUGGUUGAUAUUUCUAUUCCCGUCCAAAUUACUAGGAAUAACCUUCUUCCCAGUACUUGAAGAUAUAUAUAUGGCCAAUUGGGCAGGGAGGAAAUACAAUCUAAAUAGUGAUUGGGGCAUAAAAACUUAGUGAUCGAAUUCAUCCAAUUGGUUCA